GUCGACUUCAUACACCUUUCCACCAGCACGCGAGAAUUCUCCUUGAAAAAUUUGCCUGAGAGAGUCGGAGUAAUUGGCCUUCCUCAGCUUCUGCCCAGAUUAUCACGGACGUUUGUACGGCCGCUCAACUUUACCGUUCAGAUCUAUUUUUUAGUCUUAAGGAAAACAAACCACAAAGACAUGAAAAACCAGUUACCAAGUGAUUAGGAAUGACUACAGCGAUUGUUACUGGCACUGGACGGCGCUCUUCUAUACGACAGUCAGAUUUGCAGACUUCAGCGACUGAUUGUACCUCACAAUCGAUGACUACCAGUCCGAUAGACAAGUUCCCGCAAUUCAAGGACGAUCAAUAUGAAAUAGCUGCAGAUUCAAGAGAACCUCAUUCAAGUUUUGCGACAAAGUAUACACUGAAUGAUCGCUGGGAACCGCGCAAAGCAUCCCAUUUUGCUACAGAGUAUACAGUCAGGCAUCCAAAGCAUAAGCCGAGAAAAAGCAUCAGCGAGGCAAUCAGUACCAUCCGCACACGUAAUGCCAGUGUGAGUGCCAAUGCGCAAGAAUUGGCCCAAGCCCUCCGGGCGCCGGUGUCAUAUAAACUGAUAAGUCUUUGCCUUAUCUGGUACAUGACCUCCGCCCUAACAAACACGUCGUCGAAAUCCAUCUUGAAUGCACUCCCAAAACCCAUUACUCUUACAAUUGUGCAAUUCGCUUUUGUAUCAAUAUGGUGCUUAUUGCUGUCAUAUCUAUCGAAGAUACUACCAUGGCUCAGGAAUAGUGUACCAGCCCUCAAAAACGGUAUCCGUUACCCCUCACGCGAUGUUAUAAUGACUGCGUUGCCACUUGCAGCAUUUCAGCUAGCAGGCCACAUACUAAGUUCCAUGGCCACUUCCCAAAUACCUGUCUCGCUAGUUCAUACAAUCAAGGGACUAUCGCCCUUGUUUACAGUCUUAGCAUAUCGCGUGUUCUUUCGCAUCCGAUAUGCCAGUGCUACCUACCUAUCUCUUGUUCCUUUGACUUUAGGUGUUAUGCUUGCUUGUUCCACUGGGUUUUCCACCAAUUUCUUUGGAAUAAUGUGCGCAUUGGUUGCGGCUCUAGUCUUCGUUUCGCAAAACAUCUUUUCCAAGAAGCUGUUCAACGAAGCAGCGCACGGAGAAUCGGAGACACAAUUGUCUGCUCAACGGAAACUGGACAAGUUAAAUUUACUUUGCUACUGCUCUGGGUUGGCCUUCAUACUAACGCUUCCAAUCUGGGUUCUCUGCGAGGGUUAUCCAUUACUUUCAGAUAUAAUGCAGGAUGGAACCAUCUCGCUGUCAGACAAGGAGAACUCUCUAGACCAUGGUGCUCUCAUAUUUGAGUUUGUGUUUAACGGAGUCUCCCAUUUUGCACAAAACAUCUUAGCAUUCGUGUUGCUAUCCAUGAUAUCCCCAGUUUCUUACUCAGUCGCAUCUUUGGUUAAGAGAGUAUUUGUCAUUGUCGUUGCGAUAGUAUGGUUUGGCAAUUCAACUACUGCUAUGCAGGCAAUUGGCAUUGUCCUUACGUUCAUUGGACUAUAUCUCUACGAUCGCAACAGCCAUGAUGACCUAGCAGACCAAAGGGCGAACGCAGACCACUUUCGUCCGAAGGAAAACGUACUUCCUCUAAACAUCCGGAGUACAACUAAAACAUGGGAUUCGAACGGUUAUGUAUUUCCAUCGGGGAAAACUAUUGAACGUCAGUUUCUAGACGACACGCAUUCUUUUUCAACCAACCCGAAGAAGGACGAUAAUAGACCAGGCCGAGUCCGCCCCAGGGGAAGCAGUAAUACUAGGGCAUGGCUACCACCUGGCACAAAGCAAGAGACGACUUGGCAGCCAAGUGACUCUUAGAUGGUCUUGGCCCUGAUUUUCAUGGUCAUUACUCUGCUCCUCGGAGUGGUCUGAUCUUGCGGCCUAACAAUGUUCAAUUUGCCGUGAGGUACCUUUUCUCUAUCUUUUUCUUGCGCGUGCUUUCCCCCUUUUUUUCCUGGGGGCCGGGGGGGCUGUUGAACAAUAUCUUUGUAUUGGUAUGGAAGACUCUUAAUAGAAGUACAUGUUCAAUAAGCUUCCUUUACAAUGCUGUGAUUUCGCGUGCCUUGUUUGCAGCUAUAUAAGCUACGCAGUACCUUCGAAUAGUAGGAGAGUUAGCAGUGUGCGAAAUCUUAACCAGUCAAUGACCUGGCUCGAUCGCUUAAUUUCCGACAGAACUUCCUCAAGAUAUUCCUUAAGUUCUGAGGCUGUAAGCCCAUGAAAGUUACCAGGGUGUACUUGGAUACUAACAAGAGUCUAUUAGAGAAUAACUAGUGCCCGCUCGUUCGUUUAUAUCAAUACAUAUACAACAAUGAGUGUUGCCACUGUCAGUAAAGAACUAUACCUUCAUCAGGUAGUCACAUCAAUAGGAUGAGAAUAACCUUAAGGAGCUCCAGCUCAGUGCAUUUGUUCUUGGGACAUGUAGCAGAGGGGGGAGGGAUAGAAGAAAGCCCUGCCACCUACAAUAAUCAUGCC